CUGGUGGAAGAAGGCGGCGGCGGUGGAGAAGCUGGUUCGGCAGUUUAGCGGCUCUGGGGAUCGCGGAGGACACGGCGGCUGCUCGAGCCGGGCUGUAAGCGAGUCGCGGCGGGAUACCAUCCUCCAGCAGCCACCUCUUCGAAAAGCCACCUGGAAGUUUAAACUCCGCGUCAAACUUUCGGCGCGGCUGCCGGAUCCUMGUUUCGUUGCGCGUCGGUUUCCCCCCCACAUGUUACUGCCCUUUCCCCGUUGAACCAGGUGAGCAGGCCGCCUGGGCUUCCCUUCCUCCCCGGGGGGAGCUGCGCAGGAAACUCGGCUGGUUUCACCUGAGCUUUAACCGCCGACUCGCUUCUCCUUAUCCGCCGAGCUUUGCCUCUCCUCUCCGGGAAACUAUAACCAGGGAGCACCGGUCAACAGGAUGGACCUACCGGGAGGGACUCGGCGGAGGAAAGCCCCGGUGGAUGUGAUGUUUGCUGUUGGCUUUUUCUGCUUCCAAGUUCUGUCCGUCCAGGCCGUUUCCAUCCAGUUCACCAAGGAGCCCAAGUCCCAGGAUGCCUUGCACGGCCGCAGCGCAAUGUUGCGUUGCGAGGUCGGCAACCCGGCCAACAUCACGUACAGGUGGUACAGCGACAACAAGCGCCUGAAAGACGACGAGAGGCGCUUCCAGGAAGGAAGCAACCUCAAGUUCACCGCCGUGGACCGGCAGCUGGACGCCGGGAGUUUCGAGUGCCGGGUGGAAAACUGGUACACAGGAGAGACGCUCAUUUCCACCAAGGCCACUUUUAAUAUUAAAUGGUUAGAAACCGGCGGCGUGACGCUGAAGGAGCCCGCUUCCGAAGAGGAGAUCGAGAGUUCUUCUGCGGUCACGCUGCGCUGUCACAUCGACGGACACCCUCGACCAACCUGUCAGUGGUUUAAAGACGGAGUGAAGCUGACAGAAACCAGCCAUCAGAUCAACAACAAGGAGAGGACCCUCGGGAUCGCGAGCGCCACUCCGGACGACAACGGCCUUUACUACUGCUGCGCCAGGAACGCAGCAGGACACGUGUGCAGCAGCAGCAACAUCACUCUUAACAUCAUAGAUAAGAGCGUCCCGCGGCCGGUGGUCACCCCCGAGGACCAGGUGGUGCUGAGGAACGGCGAGGCGGCGCUGCACUGCCGCUUCACGGCGGAACCGGAGCCCACGGUGGAGUGGUACCACGAGAACGAGCUGCUGAUUAACAAGUCCCGAGUGUUCCUGCUGUCCAACGGGACUCUGCUGAUCACGCAGGUCAAACCCAGGAACACCGGAAACUACAAGUGUGUCGGCCGCAGCCUCACAGGAUCCCAGGUUACYCUGAAGGCCUCCCUCCUCAUAGCCGAAAUCGAGGACAUUGUGCCCAAGAUGCCCAAAGUGUUCACGGCGUCCAACACGCUGCAGCGGGUGACCUGCCGACGGCCCCGCGGGAAACCAGAGCCCGAGGUGUGGUGGGAGAGAGAAGACCGGCGCCUGCCCACAGAGGGCAGGGUCRACCAAGACGGCCCGGACCUGGUCUUCAGUCCGACGGAGGAGGGAGAUUCUGGGACUUAUCUGUGUGUGGCCCAAAACAAGGCCGGGCGCAGGGUGCAGGAGGUCGAGUUCACCGUCGCCACUGCCCCGGUGUGGGUGAUAAAACCUCAGGACAGCAACCUAGAAGAGGGCAAACCAGGUUACCUUCACUGUAACGCUCAGGCCAACCCCCAGCCUGAAGUCGUGUGGUACCGCAACAACAUGAUGAUCUCGCCUGAGGACUCUCGUUUCAAGACGUUCCCCAACGGCACCCUGAGGAUCAACAACGUGGAGGUGUACGACUCUCACAUGUACAGCUGCGAAACCAAGACGGUGGGCGGUCGGCUGUCCGGCACCGCCAGAGUCGUCGUGCUGGAGAAGCUGAAGUUCACCCCGACCCCCCAGCCUUCUCAGUGCCUGGAGCUGGAUAAGGAGAUCACCAUCCAGUGCUCCGCUAAAGGCAGAGAGAGCCCCACAAUCCGCUGGACCAAAGCAGAUGGAGGGGAGCUGCCCCCCCACAUAGAGCAGAGGAACGGCCAGCUUCAUUUCACCAAAGUGACCCGCAGCGACGCUGGCAACUAUACCUGCAUCGCCUCCAACAGCCUGCAGGGGGAGAUCAGAGCUCUGGUGUCGCUCACRGUGGCAGUUUAUAUCCGCUUCAAGGUGGAGCCUGAAAACACCACGGUGUACCAGGGACACACAGCCGUCCUGCACUGCCAGGCCACCGGAGACCCCGGGCCUCACAUCCACUGGAUGGUUAAAGACAAGGCUCUGGACAUCAGUAAGAACAGGAGGUACCACAAGAUGCCAAACGGCUCUUUGAUCAUCAACGACGUCACCACAGACGACACGGGCAGGUACACCUGUGUGGCAGGAAACAGCUGCAGCAUCAAAGACCGCGUGGCUCAGCUGUACGUCGUGGAAAAACCGGCGCAUGUCCACCCGUCGGAUGACCCAGACGACCGGGCCCCCUACAAGAUGAUCCAGACCAUCGGCCUGUCCGUGGGGGCGGCCGUGGCUUACAUCAUCGUGGUUCUGGGACUCAUGUUCUACUGCAAGCAGAGACGCAARGCCAAGAGGCUGCAGAAGGGCCAGGAGGGAGAGGAGCCGGAGAUGGAGUGUCUGAACGGAGAUGCUGUGCAACAAAACGGCCACACCACGGCCGAGAUCCAGGAGGAGGUGGCGCUCACCAACAUGGGCUCUGUCGCCACGACCGAGAAACGCCACAGCAGCGCCAACGACAAGCUCAACUUCCCUCGCUCAAACCUCCAAACCAUCACCACUUUAGGUAAGGGGGAGUUCGGCGAGGUGCUGCUGUCCAAGGCGAAGGGGAUGGACGAGAGCGACGCGGAGACGGUGGUGCUGGUGAAGACCCUGCAGUCCAGAGACGAGCAGCUUCAGCUCGACUUCCGCCGCGAAGCCGAGAUGUUCGCCAAGCUCAGCCACCCCAACGUGGUCCGGCUGCUGGGGCUCUGCAAGGAGGCGGAGCCACACUACAUGAUCCUGGAGUACUACGACCUGGGAGAUCUGAAGCAGUUCCUGAGAAUUUCUAAAAGCAAAGAUGACAAAGUAAAAUCUCAACCAAUCAGCACCAAGACCAAAGUGUCCAUCUGCGCCCAGGUGGCCCGUGGCAUGGAGCAUCUGUCCAACCACCGCUUUGUCCACAAAGACCUCGCUGCUCGAAACUGUCUGAUCAACAACCAGAGACGGGUCAAGGUGUCCUCGCUCAGCCUCAGCAAGGACGUCUACAACAGCGAGUACUUCCACUACAGACAGGCGUGGAUCCCUUUGCGCUGGCUGCCGACAGAGUCCGUGUUCGAGGACGACUUCUCCACCAAGUCGGACGUGUGGGCCUUCGGCGUGUUGAUGUGGGAGGUGUUCAGCCACGGAGAGAUGCCGUACAGCGCUCUGAGUGACGACGAGGUGCUGGAAGGUCUGAAGGCGUUGAAGCUGAAGCUUCCCGUUCCUGAAGGAUGCCCCUCCAAAAUCUACAAGCUGAUGACGCGCUGCUGGGCCGUCGGCCUCAAGGAGCGGCCGUCCUUCACCGACAUCGUCCACGCGCUGGGAGAGCUGCCAUCCGACAGCAAAGUCUGAGCUCGCCCCGACUCAAAGAGUCUCACUCGUUUCAGGGAACGGAGGUGAAGAGAAAACUCUUUUUUUAUGCAUUUCAGUUCAGACUGAGCUGGAACUUCGUGCUCUCAGCGGCGCCACGGACGUCCUCGUGCACGGCGGCUCCGCCCCCUCCUCGACCUCAGUGCCUGAACCCUUUCAUCUCACAACCGUUCCAACUAAAACUGCAGAACGGGCUUUGCAUGCAGGUCCCGUGUUCUAUGCAACACGCAGAAACUAAACCCACUUCAGGAACGAAAACAAUCACGUUUUAUAGCCAAGGACUUACUGAAUGAACGACUUGUACCUUUAUGAACUUUUUUUAUACGUUUUGUUCUUGUAAUAACGUUGAGGUGCUUAUUUUGCUCCACAGAUGGGAGGAGUCAUGUUACAGGAUGUUUUGAAUUCUAUAUUUUGUCAGAAAAGAACGAGUGUCUUACCUGUUGCAGAUGCUCUUUAAGCAAACUAAAAAUGGAUGAGAAGACUGAAACGCAGGAUUGCUGCUUGGAACGUGUGUUUUUAAUCAAAAACAAGCUGGGUAAUUAUUUCAUUUUUCAUCAAAUAUUCGAACAACGUGGAGUGGGCGGGGCCUCUCGCAGAAACGGAGCUCAGCCGCCAUUUAGAUUCCUUUCAAAAUAAAGUACCGACUGUUAAACUGGCAGGAAGAUGCUAGCUCGUUAAUCCUGUCACAAAUCAAACUUUUAUUUCUCCAAACAGUCAUCUGCAACAGGUAAGAUAUUAACUCUUCCUAUCAGACUCUCCUCAGAAUGGUCAGAGUAUCUUCUCAGUAUCUACAAAUUGCAGGGAUGUAAACAUAUUUUACCUGCAGCGAAGCUUCCACAGAGGUCCAAUCACAUUUUCUCUGUUUUUGUUUUUAUUUUUGUAACAAAGUUUGGAAUCACAGCAGGUGACGUGUUCAUGACGUAGAAGCACUAACUUCACCUAAAGACCAUCCCUCUUCAUUAUGUUGCGUAGAAGGACACGCAGGUGCCUGUUUAUUUAUAAUAAAGGUCCUGUUUUUGUUUAUAAUUUGUACUUUUCUKAAAUGUUCUUGUCCAUUUUAGUUUGCAUUCAGUCUGAGCUGAACGGGCUAAUGCUAAUUAAAAAUAAAAGAGGUCAUAAACGUGACCUGGACUCGUUUAAGUGCCUAAAAAAAUGAAGGAUUAUUUUAACAAUUUCCCUUUUUUUGUUACAUUAUCUAAUCAACUGCGAUGGCCUUUGUUUAUGAGCUUGUUUUUAUACGUUUUUUUUAGUGUAAAGUUUUGUUUUUAUGAAUGCUAGGCACUCACACCUAGACCUGUUUUUUUAUCUGCUUCAGCAAAUGUUCACCGUAAUCAGUUAUAUUCAGAAGUAUACAUGCUGCUGUCAAUAAACAAUGUGUUUUUA